UCGCAAUGGAAAUUUACGCGAAAAGGCGCCGGGAAAUAUUUACAUAGAAACACAGAACACUUUAUUUGGCUUUAUUUGGAGCCCUGAGAUGGAAAUGGUUUUGGAUCCUUUCAGAACCCCUCUAAUUAAUCGGCCCUACCGGUUACCACUACGGGAUAGGUAGUGAGUAAACUAGCAUGCUACUACUGAGCUCUUGUCUCAAGUAGCAGCGAUAUGGACGGGCUAAUUCCAGCUUUAUAUCUUAAGAGGGUUAUAAACGCUGUAGCAAUAAUUGCUCUCUACGUCUUCACGCCUCUCAUAUCCACUCUCAAUGGGUUCGUUCGUGGAAGUCGGUCCCGUCUUUUUGACGAUGUUGAUGGGAUUUAUUUAGCAUUCUUUUAGUUCAAUAUUGUGCUGGAAUAUUUUACAACUACGUCUGUUUUCCAGCGAUGGAGAACCAUGUUUUUAUCACCGUGAUCACACUCGGAUUACUUACAUCACCGACAUAUGCUGCUGAUGGCGGUUUUCCUAGCUUUAAGAUGAGUAAUGAUGAUUGUACUUACGAACUAAAUGUGAAAAAUAACCUGAUAAAUGUUUCGUGUGGCCGAAACGUGACCGUUCGUAUACACGAUAAAAAUGGCGUUAUUUCAAUGACAGGCCGGAAAUCGGACAGUCUGUGGUUUCAGAAUGGCGCCCGCACCGGCGGUGGAUUAUUUCGGCCAAACAAAACAUCAGCAAGCUUUGGUGUAAAUAACAGGGCAUCAUCUAAAUUGAAAGAUUCGACGACAAUUCUUAAACGAAUGAAGAAAAAGCUGGCAAUAAGACAGAGAAGCUUAAACAAUAUUACAACAGAUUUGAAAAAUGGUGACAUUGAGGUUCAGAACGACCUUUCGAGAUUGAGAGACUUACAGGCCGGGAACGCUCUUGCUCUGGAAAACGUUGCGGCAACGUUAACGAACCAGUAUAGGUUUUUAAGCAUGGCCAUGUUGGCUCAAAACGCCGAAAUGAAGUUGUUAAUAACAGCUAUGAGCUCACUGAUUGUGGCAACGCAAAAAUCGGUGCGGGGCAGCCUUGCCGUUAACGAUCAGCUACAGGAAGAAAUUGUUCUCCUAAACACAGCCCUUCAGAGGGCUAACAUUUCCAAACCCGAUAAAAAGAAAGAUUUCUGUCCAAGACACCUGGCAGCAAUUUUGCCCGGGGGCGAAGAGUUGCCCGUGGGUAUUGCACAGGGAGCGUUUAUGAAGGACCCUAUACCCGGGGGACAGAUAUGGGUGACCUACGGCUACAGUGACCUCAAUGAGAUAGCCGAGUUCGACUCCCAUCAGUCCUUCACCUUCGACACGGCUACAAAGAAACACACACUGCCGUUCUUCUGCGAGGGUACCGGUCACGUGGUCUUCAAAAACUGUCUGUACUGUCACAAAGUGAUGACGAAUAAGAUCGUCAAGUUUAAUUUAAUGGAGGGGCGUUGGGUUGGCGAACUGCCCCUCCCUGGUGGAGUCGGCUCCCACAAUACGUUCCCAUACGAGUCGGGCAUAUUUACCGAUGUAGAUUUCGCCGUGGAUGAACUUGGAUUAUGGGUAAUUUAUGCGACACAGACGUCAAGAGGCCAUAUCGUCAUCAGCAAAAUUGACGACCUGAAUUUCCUCAUCCUCCAGUCCUGGACAACGGACAUUGCAAAGAUGGACGUAGGUAAUGCAUUCAUGAUCUGUGGCGUCCUGUAUUGUGUGGAUUCGUACAAAAAGGUCCCGACGUUCAUCAGGUUCAUCUACGAUACAAAUAAUGGCGGUAAGCGGGUUUUGGCAGCAGGAGUUCUCCCAUUUAAAAAUUCCAUCAGUACCAACUACGCCCAAAACUACAUGCUGGACUACAAUCCUCUCGACGAGAAACUGUAUGCCUGGAACCAUGGUCGUAUCGAGAUCUACAGCCUGUCUCUCGAGGCCGACUAACUCCAGUAAUCAGCAAGAUCACGUGGGUCAAACAUAACAUCAUUUCUCGAAUAAUCAAAGCUCUCUUUUGCCUUUUUGAAUGAAAUCCCAUGAGGCAAUAGUAAAACCCUACCGCCACAUAUAAUAAUCCCAGAAUAUGAAAUAAACUCUGACAGCUCAACAAAGUAAAAAAAAGUGCAGGUCCUACAUGUGAUGUCUCUGGAAGUGUCUGAUUGUGAAGGUGAUCACAGCCGACUGAUACAGUUAAAAUUUAAUAUAUAAGGAUUAUUUGUAUGUCAUUCCCUAGCAAAAAUGAGCGCGAAUCCGGAUCAUAUAAAAAAAAAAACGUCUAUUCUGUUUACAGAUAUCAACGUGGGAUCAGCGGCUCAUCACUUCUCGUUGUACCUCAUGAAUGGCUGUUGUGUAUGACGUCACCUUCCCCACAGUACUGUACAAUAUGAUUUCAACUUGAUUUCAAAUCAACCAAAAUGAUUGUUUAUUCCUAGCUAAACAACAUCAAAGUUUGUUUAUGUAUGUAUUUCCCAACCUUAACAACCGAUAAUGCUUGUUUGCCCCUCCUAGUCUACCUAUUUAUUUGUUUUGUGGUAGCCAAUAUGUUUUGAAUUUUUCUCUUAUUUCAUAACCAACAUUUGUUUCAAUCCUAUAUUACCACACAGCCUAUCGUGUUUGUUCUUUUUACAUAUCCCCGAAACCUUACAUUGUUUUGUUUUUCAUUAUUAACCCGACUUCGGUUUGGAUGUCCUGCCAGCGCUGUAUACAUCGUGAAAAUUAGUUUAGUGUACGCAUUAGCUGGAAUGAAGAGACUGAUAAUUAUCCCUGUAUAAUCUCCCUUCUCACACUAGUUGUGUAUACCCCCGCAACGAAGUUAGGGGGAGGGGGGGGGGGGGUAUACUGGAAUCACCCUGUCUGGAUGUCUGUCUGGAUGUCUGUCCGUCGUCCAAAGUAACUUGUCCGGUGAACUCCUCCUUAACUCAUAGGUGGAUUUCAUUGAAACUUUGCAUGCAUGAUCGGUAUCUUAUGUAGUUGUGCACCGGCAUUUUAAUUUGGGAUUUCGACCCUUUUUGAUGGAGUUAUGCCCCUUUGUGCGAAAUACUUGUCCGCGCAACUCCUCCUAAACUAAUAGGUGGAUUUCAUUGAAACUUUGCAUGAAUGAUCGGUAUCUUAUGUAGUUGUGCACCGGCAUUUUAAUUUGGGAUU